AUGUCACAGGUCAUACAGAACCACGUGCUGCGUGUUGGACAGACCGUGUGUGUUUCCUCACAGGAGGAAAGCAAGAGCUUCCCCCCUGUGGGGUACCCGGGCUGCUCCACACUGCCCCUGCCCUAUGGAUACUACUCUGCAGAGGGCUGGGCUGGCCCCCCAGCCAUGGUGCACCCCAGGGGGGGGCUGUACGGACCCCACCCCGUGUUGGAGCACGUGGCUGCUCCCGCCCAGGGGAAGGGGCAGCAGGACCCCCCUUUGGAGAGAUGUGCUGCUCUGUGUCAGCCACAGCAGGAGGAGGACACGGGUGGGGAUCCCGAGGCUCACCUGGUGUCUCCUACCUUGGACAUAUCAAUAGAGAGUCUCAACCAGCUGAUCCUAGAAAUUGAUCCGACCUUUCAGCCACUCACCUGCAAGCCAGGGAAGGAUGUGGUCAGCAGGAGGAGGACAUGGCCGCUCACCUGCAAGCCAGGGAAGGAUGUGGUCCAACCUGCUGCUCAGCAUGAUGCUGCUGCCACCAAGAAACAAGAUCCAGAGGCAAUGGACAUUAAAUACAUUGAGAUGACACCAGGCAGAGCCACGUGUCCUGAGCUGCUGCCGGGCUCCCCCAGCCCUUUGGGAACACCCUUCUCCAGGUCCCCGCAGAGCAACAGCUUCCUGCCCCAAAAAGGGGGACUCAGAGGCAACUACAGCACCAGUGGCAGUGUGGUUUUCUCGAGCCCUCCCAGACCCACGAGCCCUGACCCGGGUGCCCCGACCUGCAGCACAGCGUCCGAGCCCCCCGCCCACAGCGGCACCUCCUGCGGCCCCGGGGCUCUCGGCACCUCCCCGGGCUUCGACAACUUGCUGAAGCCUGUGCAGGUGGUGAGGGCCCAGCAGAGGAGCAGCUGGGUGUCUCAGCUCUCCACCAGCCCUGGCUCAGACACCAGUUACAUCCUUGGAAGCAGCACCCACUCGCUCCACAAUGAGGACUCGGAUGCUCUCCCCGCUGCCGGUGGCUCCACCGACUGCCUGUCCCCUGCCAGCUCCCUGGGCAGCCCCUGCCCACCUUCCCCCAGCAUCGGGUCUCACUCUGGAGAGGCUUUUGGCCAGAGUCCCCAUCAGCCCAGGACAGCCUGCUCCAUCAAAGCCAACACCUCCCUGCCCCAGAAGGGACAGGCCAGCAGCCGCCCCCCCCCGAGCAGCUGGGUGUCUCAGCUCUCCACCAGCCCUGGCUCAGACACCAGUUACAUCCUUGGAAGCAGCACCCACUCGCUCCACAAUGAGGACUCGGAUGCUCCCCCCGCUGCCGGUGGCUCCACCGACUGCCUGUCCCCUGCCAGCUCCCUGGGCAGCCCCUGCCCACCUUCCCCCAGCAUCGGGUCUCACUCUGGAGAGGCUUUUGGCCAGAGUCCCCAUCAGCCCAGGACAGCCUGCUCCAUCAAAGCCAACACCUCCCUGCCCCAGAAGGGACAGGCCAGCAGCUGCCCCCCCUCCAUCCUUAACUCCACAGCUGACAUCCCAGUGCUGCUGGUGAAUGGGUGCCUGGAACAAGGAGAUGCACAUUCCAGGCAGGCCAAGCCCCCCUCAGCCUCUGCCAAGCAGAGCCCCCCUCCCAGCUGCAGCCCAACCCUGAGGCUCGGUGGCCUGAACAACGCGCUGUCGGCACCAGCGCUCUCCUGUGUCCCAGACAGUUCCCCCUGGGCUGGGCAGCCGACCAUGAAGUUUGUGAUGGACACAUCCAAGUACUGGUUCAAGCCGAGCAUCACCAGGGACAGAGCGGUGCAGCUGCUGCGGGCCAAGGAGCCGGGCGCGUUCGUGGUGCGGGACAGCACGUCGUACCGGGGGUCCUUCGGGCUGGCCAUGAAGGUCCCUCCCGCCUCCCCGGCUGGCGGCCACACAGGCGAUGAGGGCAACGAGCUCGUCCGGCACUUCCUGAUCGAGUCCUCUGCCAAGGGGGUGCGCCUGAAGGGAGCCAGCGAGGAGCUGUAUUUUGGGAGCCUCUCUGCCUUCGUGUACCAGCACUCCAUCACCCCCCUGGCACUGCCCUGCAGGCUCAGCAUCCCCACCCGAGAUCUUGCUGAUGGAGAGGACAGCCCUGACUGCGUGCCAGAAUCCACACUGUCCCUGCUGAAGAAAACUGCUGUCUGCAACGUCCUCUACCUCAACUCGGUGAAUGUGGAGACACUCACGGGAAGUCUGGCUGUCCAGAAAGCCAUCUCCUCCACCUUCGAGCUGGAGCUGCUGCCCACACCCACCCUGGUGCACUUCAAAGUGGCAGAGCAGGGGGUGACGCUGACGGAUGUCCAGAGGAAGGUGUUCUUCAGGCGUCACUACCCCUUGGCUGCCAUCAGGUUCUGUGGGAUGGACCCUGAGAACAGAAAGUGGCAGAAGUACUGCAAGUCUUCGAGGAUCUUUGGGUUGGUGGCCAAAAGCCAGACAGAUUCGGAGAACCUCUGCCACCUGUUUGCAGAGUAUGACACCGUGCAGCCAGCGUCACUUGUCAUCGACCUUCUCUGCAAGCUCCGGGCGGGCCCCUAG